AGCAGCAGCAGCGGCAGCGGCAGCCUCAGCACCUCCGCCAGCUCCGCCAGCAGCUCCAGCGGCAGCACCAUGGACCUCUCCUUCAUGGCCGCGCAGGUGCUUCCUGUUAUGGGAGGAGCCUUUAUGGAUUCACCCAACGAGGACUUUAGUACAGAGUACUCCCUGUUUAACUCAUCAGCCAACGUCCAUGCAGCUUCUUCCAUGCAGAAUCCACCAGAAGAGACAUCCCGUUCUUCAAAUGAUGCCAUUUUGUUAUGGAUUGCAAUAAUAGCAACAAUUGGAAAUAUUGUGGUUGUGGGAGUGGUGUAUGCCUUCACCUUCUAGGAUGACUGUCACUACAAACACUGGAAGAAAGGAAAUCUUCAGCAGUAUUUGUCAUGUGUAUGUAUGUAUGUAUGUGUGUAUAUAUACAUGUAUAUCUAUAUAAAUACAUAUAACUAGAGACUUUGUUGAUUAAGUGCUGCCACAGUCAUGGAAAUUAAAUGCAAUUUAAUCAUCUUAAGUCUUGAUGGCAGAAAGUUUGGAUGCAAAUUAUGUGGAGUGAGAGCUUUAUUU